GUGACGUGUGAACUAAUUUCCCACGCAUUGCGUUUUUUUCACCCACCCAAUAACACACCACUCUCUAAAAUCUUCUCCUUUCCACAGAAGAAGAUUGCAAUAGAGAAAGAAAGAUAGAAAGAAAGAACAACACCACAGCUUUAGCACCCAGAAUCACCAAAAUAGACACAACACAACACAAAACUCUCCUAUAUCUCCCUUUUCUGCACGAAAGAGAAAACCCUCUCAAUGGCUCACCAAUAUCCCUCCUCUAAUGAAUCUGACAGCCAUAUCAUUCCUCCUCAACCGUUGAAAUUGAAGAAACCCCACCAACCCAAAGGAAAACAAAUGGGGCAAGAAAAGGAAGAUGAAUCUCAAUAUUUGGAGGGAUUGGUCCUUGACUCUCGAUAUGGAGAGGAAUUAGUCUUAGAUUGUCAGUCAGGGAAGUAUAGCGGCAAAGAUAACAACACACAUGGACAAACUCCAUCUGCUUCAAAAGUCCACAACAAGGUUGAAAUUACAUUGGAUUAUAAUGCUACAACAGAAGGAACUAGUGUUGAAGGGGAAGAUAGUGGACGUGAGAGGUUGAAGAGGCAUAGAGUGGAAGUGGCUGGAAGAGUUUGGAUUCCUGACAUAUGGGGGCAAGAGGAGCUCUUGAAGGAUUGGAUUGAUUGCACAGCAUUUGAUGCUCCUUUGGUUCCAAGCAGAAUCGUGAUGGCACGAACGGCUUUGGUUGAAGAAGGUAGAAGAGCCACAUCGGGUGGAUUGAGAAUCGAGAACAGGUGUUGAAUUUUUCAUCAAUGUUUUAUUAUGUGGAUUAUUCAGUUCAUUCAGUGACAAACCAUAUAUUAAUUGUUAUUGGUUAUGGUAUGAAGAAUAAUCAUAUGAUGAUGUUUUGUUUUGGAUAUGUAUACAUUUACAUCCUUCGUUAUUUGAUGAUUUUGGAAGCGUUUGAUAUUUUCA